AUGCUUUCUACAAAGGCUGGGUUCAGAGCUAGUCGGCUUACUGCAAACCUUACAAGGAAUGCGAGGUUUAGCUUUCCAAUGUUCAAAGCAACCUUCUGGCCGAUGGCAGGUUCACCCACAAACCCAUCUAGUUCUAAUUUUCACUAUAUUAAUACAAAUAAUAUUCAAUACUUAUACAAAAUAGUUAACUACAAAAAUAUCGAAACAGCUUUAGUUGAAGUAAUUAAAGUAGCAUAUAGUCAAGGUACCAAAAAAUAUGACAAAUUAGGAGUGAUGUAUAUAAACUAUCUUAAAACCUUACAACGAAAAAGAGAUCCAGAAGAUCAUAUUAGAUAUGUUGCAAAGCAGCAAGUUCCAAAUGAGAACAUCUAUAAUGAAAGAAUGGCAGACUUCAAAGAUUGGUAUAAUGAAGAAGUAUAUACUAGUCUUGAAAAUUUAUAUAAGUUGUAUUUCGAAUUAGCUAGUCAGGAAGAAGUUGUAGAAAAAAGAUCCAAAGAAGAAGUAGAUAAUAUUCUUUAA